AUGUGUGAUACAUUUUUUGUAACACCUGUUAGUGAACUGGAAAAACUCGAUGAUUGGAAAAAACCAUUAGCAUUUCAAGCAGCUCAUCAUCAUGAAAAUUUAAAUGUUCCUGAUUCAGUUGAAGUUGAAUGGAGAUUACGAGAUCGAAUGAAAACAGUUAGUGUUGCAUUGGUCAUGUGUCUUCACAUAGGUGUUGAUCCACCAGAUGUAUUAAAAGCAAAUCCAUGUUCAAAACUUGAAUGUUGGAUUGAUCCAUUUUCAAUGACACCUCGACGAGCUCUAGAAACUAUAGCUUCUGAAUUACAACGUCAAUAUGAAAGAUGGCAAUCAAAAGCUCGAUAUAAAUCAAGUCUCGAUCCAACACAAGAAGAUAUUAAAAAAUUAUGUAUGACUUUACGACGAAAUGCUAGAGUAUGUAUAUUAAUUGAAUAUAUUGAACUGCUAUCUUCUUGAAUGUCGACUCUGACGCUUCUAAUCAAUGAACGCGUGAUGAACUUACAGCAUUACUAUUAUACAUUUGAAAAUAUCUUGUAUUCGACUAUUUUUUCAAUAAUCACUGAUAGAAACAUUAUAGAGAUCUGAAGUUUUCACAGUUCAAGAGACAAGACCUGGACUAUUGAAGAAUUAAUCUGAUACUGUUAUCUCAAUAUUUCUGCUAUUUCGUAAUUAACAUCCACGUAACAAAGGAGACGAUAUUUCGGAGAUAUUCAGAUAAUAAUGUUAGAUAAGUUCAAAUCUAAAAACAAAUAUCAUCAUUCGACUCACGAGGGAACAUUCCCAGGUGUUGGAGCGAUUUUUAGUCAGGACUUUGCGCAUCUUGUAGGCCUUGAUGAAUUAUGUCUAUCGUAAAAAAAGUUCAUGCCCCUAGCUUGUUCCUAGUGAGAUAUCGAGGUUUUAGUGAAUUUUUCC